AUGGCUUCUCAAAAUACCGAUGCGCCAGUAUACACUCUAGCUGAAGGACGUCCUGUCCAAGAUCCAACGGUCCAGACUGUACUUCGAGGCUCGCCACUCAAGGGUGGUGGUCUCGCUCUACUCUCAGACACUCAGCUCAUCGAGACACUUGCGCAUUUUCCACGCGAAAGGAUACCAGAGAGGGUUGUACAUGCAAAGGCUGCAGGAGCGUGGGGAGAAUUCGAAGUCACCCACGAUAUCUCGCACAUCACGUCCGCCAACUUCCUAAACAAAGUCGGCAAGAAGACUAAAGUACUAGCUCGACUAUCCACCGUCGCUGGAGCGAAGGGGUCUUCUGACACCGUACGCGACAUUCGAGGAUGGGCACUGAAGUUCUUCACCGACGAGGGAAACUGGGAUUUGGUUGGAAAUGACCUGCCCGUUUUCUUCAUCCGUGAUCCCGUCAAGUUUCCGUCCCUGAACCGCUCCCACCAAGCACAUCCGCAGACACAUGUUCCAGACUCUACCAUGUUCUGGGAUUUCCACAACCAAAACCAGGAGGGAAUGCAUGCGCUUAUGCAAUUGUUUGGCAACCGAGGCGUGCCAGAGUCUCUGCGAAACAUCACUGGCUACGGUGUUCACACCUUCAAAUUUGGUAAACCGGAGGACGGGUCAUUCAAAUACGUAAAGAUCCACUUCAAGCCCGAUGCUGGCAACAUCACCAUGAAGUCAGCAGAUGCGGUGCGAUUGGCAGGCGAAGAGCCAGACUACCAUGUAAAAGACAUGUUCAACGCGAUUGAGAAGGGUGACUUCCCCACUUGGACCAUGAUGCUUCAGGUUAUGGAUCCCAAAGAGGCCGAGAACUACCGCUGGAACAUAUUCGAUGCUACUAGGAUCUGGCCGCAUGAGGACUACCCAGCCAUUCCAGUUGGCAAACUCACGUUGAACAAGAAUCCUGCCAACUACCACCAAGAUGUCGAGCAAGCGGCCUUCUCACCAAGCACAAUGGUUCCUGGUAUCGGGCCAUCAGCAGACAUCAUGCUUCAAGCAAGAAUGUUCAGCUAUCCAGACGCGGCUCGUUACCGCGUUGGUCCGAACUACCAGCAACUACCAUGCAACAAGGCAAAGAAAGUCUACAGUCCUUACCAACGUGAUGGCCCUAUGAGGCUCGAUGGAAACUACGGUGCUGAUCCCGACUACGUCCGGUCAUCUUUCCGCAAGAUCCAGUCUGGCCCACCGGAUGUUGCACACGACAAGUGGGUUGGCGAAGUGAGCCAAUACACGUCGGAGGUCACGGAUGAGGACUUUGAGCAGCCACGCAAUCUAUGGGCGUUGUACAAGAAGUGGGGCGACGACCAAAUCUUCAUUGACAACUUGAGCGGGCAUAUGAAGAAGGCGUUACCGCAGGUGCAGAAGGAGUCGAUCAAAAUGUUUGCCAAGGUUGACAAAGAGAUUGGCGAAAGGCUCGAGAAAGCACUGGGCGAUUCAUUGUCCAUGAAAGAUGUGGACCACGUGAGCGGGCCAUAUGGCUUACAGCCAACUAUCGGCGGUGGAUACUAG